UUCCUGAAGUAGAGUGACACGCUAAAGCUCUUAAUGUUUGUGAUGUCUUUGACUGGAUUUUUUUUUUUUUUACCCAUUUAUCUCUUUCCCCCAUCACUGAUAGAGGAGGUGGAGAUGACGAUGAGAAGAACUGAUAUCGUGACUUCCAUUUUCUACUUCAAGAUGAAAUCUCUUCAGAUGACGGUGUUGAGAAAAGUAACAAAAGGGAGACAUUUGCAAGGAGAAUAACGUGACCGUGUUGAAGUACUACUCUUGUCAAUUACACGGCCCGCACAGUUAAUCGACAAACUGCCUUUGUAAUGGGAGUGAAUUUAUGCUUCUGGAUUCUUGGUCUCUACCUGGCCCUACCUUUGGAAGGGAUAUAUCCUCCACCCUGUCAAACAGGGUAUACGAUUUCUAAGAUUGGAAGUGGCUGUUCUGAUACAGAUGAGUGUGUGGAAGAUCCCUCCAUCUGUGGGAACCAUUCUACUUGCUUCAACACCCUUGGUAGCUACCACUGUCAGUGUCAUCCUGGGUUCGAAUCUAGGAUCACUUAUUUCACUUCUGCAGAUGGAGGAUGUACAGACAUUGAUAAGUGUGGUGAGGACAGACAUAUUUGUGGGGAGUGGGGAACCUGUCACAAUAUGAAGGGAAGCUACUGGUGCAGUUGUCUCCAGGGAUUCCAUCAGGAAGGCAAUAUAAGUUCCAUGUGUGGAGACAUAAAUGAGUGUAUAGGGGCUGGGAACAAAUACCCCUGUGGCGAGAAUGGAACCUGCUGGAAUCUGGAGGGCAGCUACAGGUGUCAUUGUCCCCCUGGAUUCACUACCUACGGCAACAACCAAUCUAAGUGUCAAGAGCUGAAUUGUGACCCUUUUGCAACUCAGAGUACACCUGAACAGACUCUACCAGGUUUUGACAGCCUCUUGUCUCUCCUGAGAAACAACUGUUUGGUGUUGAUUAACUCCUCUGGGUUGGCUGGAGCUACAGAAAAGACUGGAGAGGCGCUUUUGACAGUACUGGCCAAUGUCACUGAUGUUCUUCAACUCCAGUCCAAUGGUCAAGGUGGUAACAGCGGGAAAUUGACUACGCUACUGAGGACAGUAGAAAACUCUAUCAGACUGAUUGCUCCACAGCUGAGAGAAAAUGUGAGCAGGAUAAAUACAAGCCAUACAGAGGUAGAAGUUGUGGUGAGGAGGGACAGGACACCACCCCGAGGACCAGUCAGACUGACGAAUGAAAACAUCCAACUUGACACCACCUGGGAGACGGCAAUCGGAGAUGACACGAAUUUCCCAGGUUUUGGGUUUGCCAUUUUGCUCAGCUACAAGAGUCUGCAGAAUUUGACCAACAGCUCCGAGCAGCUCUCCUCCAGAGUGGUGACUGUAUCUGUUAGCAACCCCAACACAACAAACCUGUCUGAACCGAUCAUUCUCACCUUCAAUCACUUGAAGUCCAGUGAUGCGAAUACCACCUGUGUUUAUUGGUCAGAGGAUGGUGAGGGGGCUUGGUCAAUCCAGGGCUGCGCCUCCGUGAUGUCCAACUCCACCCACACUGUGUGCUCCUGCACCCAUCUCAGCAGCUUUGCCCUGCUCAGGGGAAUCCAAGAGAAUAAGAAAUGCAGACAGUUGCAGUUGGUGAUGUGGGCGGGCGCUUCCGUGGCGCUGGCUUGUGUGGUCCUAUCCCUACUCAUGGCCCUGUGGUGUCGCUUUGUCAGCAAAAAGCGCAAUGGAGGGAGCCGACCAGAACAGCAUUUUAACCUCUAAAGCACCUCAAUUUAGACAGCAGGGAUUUCUAAAAUCUCCUUCCUUUGUUUUGUAUAUUAUCCCACCCUAUGUCAAUUGACUGUAAAAUAACUAUUUAGACUGUGAACAAACUGUUAGAAAAUGUAAAUAUGAUGUUUCAGUUUCAACCUCAGUCAAUUGAUAAACAUGAUUUCAUGAAAUAUAUAAAUGUAUUUUGAUAUUAUUGAUUGUUCUCAAUUCCCAUCAAUAUCAAUUUACUUUUAUCACUGUUCAAUUGUACGGUAGACGAGUUUACCAUAUCGUAUUAUUGUACAAGUUUAAAUAGCAACUCUGUUGUAAUCAAAGGAAGGACGUACAUGUUUGUUCAUGAAAGACUGAACACACACCUUUACGCUCACUGUGUUUACUGGACACGUAGAAAGGGUCAAACUGCACAUGCAUACUAACAUUACAUUCAUACUGUUAUGUGGCCGAUGGUCGGCGGCCUGGAGACCGGUUCAAGUGCAUCAGGCAGAUUGCGUGUGAACAUGAAACGAGGAGAACAAAACGUGCGUUAAACAGCAACCUCUUCAAUAUUUCAGGCUUUCUAAGUAGGAAAGCUCAAAUUAGAGUGCUGUGUAGUAAAGCUCAUCAAGUCCAUCAGCUGCAGCUUCCUAAAACCUGGCUUUCCUGAAACGGGUAGGUGAAGAACCGACGGUCCAGGUUGAGUUUCUGUUUUGGUUAGAAUGUCAGAGAAUGAAAAACAUCUUUUAAAGGUCCUGAACAGUUAAAAUUGUGUUUAUCAUCCAAUUGGAUGACUUGGAUUAAACCCAAUCAGAGUAUGACAAACGACUCUCGCUGGUACAUUGAUAAAGUUAGAUCAUAAAUUGACUUGCUUCCUCCUUUAUGUCAAAAUCUUGAAUUCAGGAAUCUAGAUACUGUUUGCUUAUUGGGGAUCGGUGAAACAUCCACAUUUAUUCGCUCAUUUUAAUACAACAAUAGUAACGUCUUAUUCUCAUACCCUAUUUAAAUAAGUACUGCCAUGUAACCAUCAUUGCAGAAGACGUGUUCGCAGAGGGACGUGGUUUACAUAGCUAGCUAGACUACUGGUGUCAGAAUUUGACUGCAGGGUGUUACAGGUUUCCCCUAUUUAUCUGUGGCAAAUAUACUUCUAGGUUUUCACUUUCAUCUGUAUCUGGUGUUGGCUAGUUACUGGCCAGCAUGGGGGAAGGAAUUCUGUUUGGAACACCGACUCAGUUGUCAUGUCGGUGCUGCUAUGAACUGCAACAGAAGAGACAUGCCAAACGAUGUAUACAUAAUUAUUGACAUCAAGGCAUGGUUUAUGUACAUGGUCUGGCAGUCAGCAAAUGUAAUUGAUGAAGUCAACCCAGGCUUUUUCUGACCAGUUUCAACUGAACUUGUCCAACAUGAACUGAGACAGGAUGUUGUCUAUAUCGAUGCGGUUACAAAAACCGAACAGUUGGAUAGACAAAAAAUUUGUGAAGCCAUGGUGUGAUGUAUGACAGGAUUGGAAUCUUGUUUGAGCUUCGUGUAUCAGCACAUUUGCUUGCGAUGAUCUCACUGCAGCGUUGCAUCCAAGUUGCCGUCAAUCAAGGUGAGCUCCCCACCCACUCAGACUGGUCCUUCAGCCUUACUGAUAGUUGGAAAUGAGAGAAAAGGUCAAUUCUGAGCAUUUGAAUCUAGGUGGGGGAUAUUAUGGGUGAUGUUCUAGUCACUCAAAUGCUAUUUUCUUUGGGAAAUAUAGUACUGCUGGACCUUUUUUAAGCUUAUGAUUUUGUAAUUGGGGUUAUGCUCAAAAGCUCAUGUGUAUCAGUUAUUUUUGUUAUGUGACUGGAUGGCUUUAACCCGUUAUCUCCGUUCCCCUAAUGUUGAUAGAGCAACUGAUUCGCUGUAGCUACGCAUUCUGCUGUUAAAUGAAAUAUCGUCACAAAUGAACAGUAAGAUUGCGAAAGGUGAGGAAACACAAGAAUGGAUCAAAUGAUAAAGACAGAGUCUGUGUAAGAACAUGCAAUAGUUGAUCACACAUCAACUCAGAAAACUUCUUGCACUUGAACCCUGUGCUUUCUUCCAGGCGUGAGCUCACUGAGUAGCUUAAUCACUAAUGCCUUGGUUUGGACAGCAGGUUUGUACUAUCAAGAAAGUGUAAUAUUUGUGUUGUGGAGAAAUGACCAGGCAGGAGACGGGAGUACAGUUAGUUUUCGUUUGGUCAA